AAUUUCAGUCAAUUCAGAUACUUCAAUCAAAGUGACAAAGUCCUGAAAUAUUUUUUGUUUGAUAUUGACAAUUGGACAGUAAACUCUGAAUUGUAAAUCCUUAUUGAUUUUUAGUUACGAGUAGUUUCUUGAUAUUUAAUUCCCUACUUUCAUAAGCUGUAACUUGUCAAUAUAAACUUGACUUGCGCGUCAUAUAGUACGCAAUGGAGUUGUGUUAUGUGUGUAAAUACUCAUCAUAUUUAAAUACAUCUAUUUAGAAAUAUUUUGAUUCAACUGAAUGAAGAAAACAGAGUUGAAUGAAUUAGAAAUGGAGUGUAUGAGAUAUAUAAAAUAUUCACUACUGAGCAGAUGGGUUUUGAAAUUUCAAGUGACUACUGGAAGAUGUUACACAUGAUACUCAUACAGAAGCAAGAAUCUUGGUAAAAUCCUCAUCAUUCACUACAAGGCAUACACUAUUCAAUAUUUGGGGAAAGUUUCUAAUGGUUCUCCAAAAUAGAGGCAAUAAUAUGGCAUCUGAACAGCCUUUGAAAAAGAAGCCUAAGAUUGAAGAUGUGGAAUCUUCUGAUGAAACAGACUUCAUUGUAAAUUUUCCUGCUGAUAGUGGUCUCUCUAGUUUAACAACAUUACAUCUAUCUCUUCCUGCAAAUGUGAAUGAAGAGGAUAUUAGUCUAAAUAACAUUAACCAGCAAUAUAAUGAUCGACUACCAUGUAGGACUAGUGAAUGUAGUGCAAAGAAUAUUAGGAGUGGCGGUAGUGCAGAUCAAACUAAUAGUGCAACAAAUAAUAUAUACAGUUAUUCGUAUCACCCCAAUAACUCCAAUAUCUCCAUUGAACCUGCACCAAAUAUUAUAUCUGUUGAUGAAGCAGUCCAUAACUGGUCUCCUGGUAACCGUGAUCAGAUUAUUCCAGUACAACCAAUUCCUGAAUAUGUAACCCAACAAGAUUCUGAGUAUGAUAUCGAGAAUGGAUUGGAUGAGUUUCAGAACAUGCUUGUGAAACAGUGUCUUUGUGGAAUAUCAGAUGAAUUAUUUCAAAAUCCAUUCGAGGGCUAUCAACUGAUAAAUCCUGUUGGAAUUAGAUGUGGUAUGUUGACAGAAUGGCCCACUUCUAAAAUUUUACAUUUUCUUUCUAAUCUUCAAUUAGUCUUUGAAAUUUAUAUUAAACAAAAUAAUAGAGGAUUUAUUUGCUCCAAAAUAUUAGAUUUAUGUAAUAGUAUUAUGGUGAAUGAAUAUAAUUUGAUGGAGCAAAUAUUGUCGUUAUGUGAUACUAGAAAUAAAUAUAUCAAUUUUAUGUCCGCGAAAGUAGUUAGUAGUUUUUUUAUCAUAGCCAAAACCGAGUUGAAUAAUGAAUGGUUAGAGACUUUAUAUGGUUUUUUAACAUUAGAUAACGUUGACUACAUAAAAAUGAAUUUUACUCUAGAAAUAAUUAAAAGGGUAGUUGAGUGGAAAGAUGCUGAUACUCAUGUUUUAGAAGAAAGUAAUUUGAAUUCUUCUGAAACUAAAAGUAACAUUGAUUGUUCAACAGUGCCUUACAGUGACUCUGAAAGUUUUGAUACGAGUAACGUUAAAGGUUUAAUUAUUAGAAAUUUAACUGUCAGAUGGCAGAUUUUAAUAUCAAAAAUUCGAUUUCUAAUUGACAAUAAUACUAAUGUCCAAGCACAAACUUGUAUAAUAACAUUUUUAGAAUUAUGGGAAAACACAAUAUCAGUUAGGAAUAAUCUGAGUGUUAUCGAUACUAAACCGUUUUAUGCUCAUCUGGAGACGUUCUUGUCAUUGUUAAAUAAUUCACUUCCCUCCAUUAUAUGGAAACAGCUGUUGUCAUUAUUUAAUGAGGUUUUAUGUUAUGGCAGCACUUUGGCUCUACAGAGUUUAAUACCAGAUGAUACUUGUAGAUUAGCUCAUUUUGUAAUUCGUUUUGUUAAGGAUCACUCCCUACUAGAUAGUUUACCUCUUAGAAGGAACGAAGGUUAUACCGUGAGUAGCUUGGUGGGAACAAUACCAAGUACACAUCCUUCACAAAGCAAUAUGGACAAAACUUUAUUGCAAAAGAUGGUUCUUUUGGUAUUGAAAUCAGUGGCACUGUCAAUCAAAGAAACAAAAUCCGAUAGUUCCGAUUCUAGCAUAGGUUCAGACGAUUCCGACUAUAAUCAAGACAUGCUAGUUAUCGGCAGGUCUAUGAAGGACGUCUUGAAGAAGCUCGAUAUAUUCCUUAAAAAUAAUCUUGAAUUUCAUCCUGAAACGCCAUUUUCAAAUAUUCUCGUUCACCUGUUCAGUGAUCAAGAUGACUAUUUGAUCGAAUCAAUGGUGUGUACACUUGAUAUCAUUGUAGGGAUACCAGACAGGUGUGCGGUUUAUCCAGAAUUAUUCAAUAUGUUGAAUCCUUCAUAUACGUUUGUUGAAUUUUUGAAAGUAGUCGGUCAUGGUUCAGAUCUUCUUUUGGAUUAUUUAGUCAGUAAUGAGACUUGCUUCCUAUUAUAUUUGUUGCGAUUCCUUAAAUAUGUCAGAAAGAACUGGUCGAUUUUCAUGAGAUGUUGUAGAGAAGCAAGUUUGACGAAUAGUAAUGAAUUUGAUAAUGCCAUGCGUGUUUUAACUCAGUUAUAUGAUCAGAUAGCCAGGUUAGUACUUAGACAGUUGUUCCCAUAUAAUAUUGAUCCAAUAUUGAGGCUGCUUAAAGGAUGUAUGAACUUGUACGAAGGGGGAGAAUACAGUUGAUUUCUGAAAUUAGUUGGAAAUUAUGAAAUUCUUCUACCUCACAAUAAACUAUGAACUGACAAUCAAAUUACCUACUUAACGACAUCAUCUGCAUAACAUCACUGAAACCUAUGUAAUAAAUAAUAAAUGGCACAUCAAUUGCAAUUCUGUGUUCUCUCAGCAAUAUUUUCAAUUGAUAUCUUGUUCAGACUUUAGGAUAUCACAAAUUUUCUUAUAUAUUUACAUGUUGUGUUUGUUGGAAGCUCUAAAUGUGAAAAUGUUUCUGUACUCAUUUUAUCUCGAAAUAUUCACUCGACACAUUUUUCCAUUAUCCCAGAUAAUUUUCAAGUUGAAUAAGUCGAAAAUCUCUAAAAAGAAACAUCUUACAGAAAAAUUUUUUCACGAAAAGGUUGAUGAUUUUUAGGGGAAGUCUGCUUAUGCCAAAAUUUCAAAUGAGAAUCCCUGUUUUUUAUUGCAGAUUCGUAUUCUACGGCAAAAAAAAAUAAAAGUUUUGUAAGAACAAUUUUUCACGAAUCGCCACAGAUGUCUUUCUCCCAUUAAUUAAUAAGGACAUAUCAAUUGAAAGAAGAUUAUUUGGAAUCUUUAUAUAAAUGAUUAAUGGAACCGAUACAUUGAGGUUGAUUAGACAGAAAAUACAAUUCAUGAAAAAUUGUUCAUGCAAAACUUUCAUAUUGUCUGCAAUAAAAACAGGUGUUAUUUAUUAUCUUUAAGUUCUGUAUUUAUAUUGUGAAUUUUUCGAAAGAUUUUUAUAUUCAGAGGAUAAUUUUUAAUCAAUGACUCAAGAAAUAGAAACAAUAUUAUUUAUUCAUACUAUAAUUAAAUGAAAAGGUUGAGUGGCUGUUGUAAAAAACUUUUAAAUCGUAUGUGUUGGGUGUUCAAUUCAUCUCACCCAAAAGAAUAAAUUGUGUAUAAAUAACGAAAAUCUUGUGAUAUCUAUUUUUUAUGCCAUGUAAAUAUUUUUUAUGUUCAAAACUGAUGUCCAAAAAUUGAUGAAUAUAAAAGAAGAAAAAAGUAGUUUGGCCUUUUUCCUACAACUAUUAAUGCAAUAUUUUGGAAAUUGAAAAUAAUUAAUCAAAAAUCUCGAAAAUUUCAAUGUAAUCAAAAAAAAAAAUAGCACUUCCCAAUGAAAUGGAAGUGCCAUUAUAUUUUAUGAAGAACUGAAUAAAUGCCAUGGUUGUAAAAACCAAUGUUUUACAAUUUAAAUUUAUUGUUGCGUACAUUUGAAAAAUGUUAUAAAGGUUUUCUAUAUUUUAUUUUUGUUUUCAGUUUACAAAUAUAAAAAUGAUUGUUAGUAACCGUUAUAACGAGUGAUUAUAUGAAAAAUCAAUGAAUUUUAACUGGAAAUGAAAGUAAUAUGAUGUUAUUUGAUUAUAAUGUGUUGAAUUAUUUGAAUAUCCUACAUGAUAGUUUUAUUAUUUCCAACUUCAAUAAAAACAGUAUUUUUAUGUUAUUCAUUCCUGUAAUUAUAAUUUUCAUGAAUUUAGUUUCAUCUGUGUACAUUUAAUUAUUUAAGUCUUUCCUAUUUAUUGAACAUAUUUAUUAAUGAUAACAAUGUGUGUAAUAAUAAAUGUUAAUUAUAGUUACCUUUAUGAAGUUGUAAAUAUAUUUUUGUAAAUGCAGUGUUGAGGAAAUUUUUUAAGGAUAUAGAUGUAGGGUAAGUUGAAUUUCGAAGAUGUUUAGAAAUUGAAUGAUGAAAUUAACAUUAUUUAAUGCUCAUUUUGUAUAUCUAUACUAAUAAAUGAUUUUUUUAAUAUAUUGUUGUUUUAGUCGAUUUGGGAAGAAUAUUUGAAAUUGUUACUGAGAAAGUUGGCAGCUUGAUUUCAUUAAAUAUGAGGUCAAAUGCAAUCAGUCAUCGACUUAUUAAAUGCUGAAGGCAACGAAUUGGAAAGUUCAUGGCUUUUUAGUAGUGGUCUACCGAUUCUGCGUAAGCAUCUUUAGAGGUUUCUAUGUCUUGAUUGAAAACCGACGACGGAUUUUUUCGAUAUUGGUGACGAUUCUAUACAGUAUUCAUACUUUCACCAUUAGAGCAAAACUAUGUGGUUCAUCCCCUCCACUUCUGAGAAGUAGUUUUUGUGCGAUUUAUUACUAGUAACUAGCCGCUAUGAACUAUUGGUGUUUCUUCUUAUUCUGUUGAUAUUAUUGAAACGUUUCAAUGGCUCCCAUAUUAUUUGUUACUAUGUAAAACACGGCCAAUCGUCGAACAACAAGUAGUUGAGCAUCACAGAUUAAAUGAUGUGAAAAUUAUUUUCUCCAGAACGCGUAUCAAAUGUUGCCAGAUCAAAUAAAAUUCCCCGAUUUCUAUUUUUGUAAAAAUAAAAUAUCAUAAAUAGUAGUAGGUUUUAUUUUUCUUAAUUUCCAUUCCCAGAACAAGGGAACUAUGGCUAUAUGAUUCCAAGGUUCUCAGAGAAUAAUCAAGAUGUUGUGUCCGUAAGUCGAAGACAGAAAUUCUGUUAAACAUCAAGAGCUACUACCCAAGAAUGAAUAUAGAAGCUAUUGAAAUAUACAAGCAUUCCAAUAAGGUCAAUAGGAGAGAGGAGACACCUAUCGUAUAGUUAUGAGCAAGAGCUAGCACUUGAACUGAACUAACCUACCUAAUGGAAACUUUAUGUGAGAAACCGACUAGACCACAGCAAUAAAGUCCGGCAUUAUCUAACCUUAAUUGUUGUGAACUAUAGUGCUGCAGAAAUUAUUGAAAUUGUUAAGAAUAAUAUGGCUAUAAAAAUUCUUUGGUUGGG